GAAAGCUUAUGCUCCUCCACGGCCACCCACUAGUACCCUCAAAAUUCCGGCAGAACAUGCCAAUAGCGAAUUCCUCUUUUUAGCUAAAAUGGAUAUGGUUUUUCUGCUUUUUCUCCUUCUUCUCCUCUUUCAACUCUCUCCACCAUCUCCUCACGCUAAGUGCCCCUCCGACAAGAAGGUAAGUAAAUCAUUGAAAAUGCCACCGGAGAUCAUUUUCUCCGCCGCCACCUCCUCAUCUCUCAUUAUUCUUAAUUCUUAUCCUUCUUUUUUGGGGGGGUUCCUUUCGCGGUUGGAUUGGAUGGAGGGAGGGUGGGGUAGGUACCAGUGGAGUAGUAGUUACUUGGUCACCGCAACUGUCAUCAACUCAUCAACAACCAUUGAGAUAUACCUCAUCACAGCUCACUGACCCUCUCUUAGUUUGUUGUUGUCCAAAUACAGUACUGCUAUGACAGGGAUUACUUUCUUUCCCCCUUUACUUGUCCCGGAGAAGUACUUCGAGGUACAUGUACAGUACCUUGUUAGGACUACUAUGAUUCAUAACCGC